AUGAACUUCAAACUUCGAGCUUCUUUCAACGUCAAGAAAAUUGCUAUUGUAGGAGCAGGCCCCUCGGGGUUGGCUGCAGCAAAGUACCUUCUAGCGGAGAAAUACUUUGACAAGGUCGAUAUCAUUGAGCAACAAGCUGAAGUAGGAGGGGUAUGGAAUUAUACCCCAAAUAUAAUUGACAGUGUAUCCAUCCCAUCAACGACACCUCAUGUACCGCCUGAGAGGCCGAUCUGGCCACAGGACGGAAAUGGUCCCGUUUUCUCAAAUCCCAUGUAUGAUCGUCUACACACGAAUAUUCCCAAAACGUUAAUGUGUUUCUCUGACCGACCAUUUCGCUCCGACUCUUUACUUUUUCCUACACGGGAAGAUGUUCAAGAAUACCUCAUACAUUAUUCUGGGGAAGUUAGACAUCUGAUUCGUUUUUCAGAGCAAGUUCAGAACAUAAGGUUAGAGCCUGAAAAUGGUCAGGAUCGAUGGGAAAUCACUUCCAAAUCUACAAUUACCAAUAACGAAAUCAAAGAGACUUAUGAUGCCGUCGUUAUUGCAAAUGGUCACUAUUCCGUUCCUUUCAUACCUGAUGUACCAGGGAUUAAGGAAUUCAACUCGGCUCAUCCAUCCAUCAUAUCACAUUCUAAAAUAUUCCGUUCGCCUGCUUCUUUUGCAGGCAAGAAAGUAAUCGUGGUUGGUAAUGGGGCCUCGGGCUUGGAUAUUGGGACUCAGAUCAGCAAAGUCUGUAAAAGACCUCUGCUGAAUUCUGUCAGAACUUCCUCUGGCGAAGCAGAAGAUGGGAAAGAAGGAGUACCUCCUAUUUCAGAAUAUCUCGCCGACAUCAGGGGUGUGAGGUUCGAUGAUGGGCGGGUCGAAAAGGAUAUCGAUGCCAUAGUGUACUGCACAGGAUACUUCUACUCGUAUCCAUUCCUCAACGCAUUAAAUCCACCGGUCGUUGUCACAGGUCGACGAGUGGUCGGCUCAUACCAACAUCUAUUUGACAUCCAAUAUCCAACCCUUGCAUUUACAGCAUUGCCACAGAAAGUUAUCCCAUUCCCUAUAUCUGAAGUCCAGAGCGCAGCAAUUUCGAAAGUCUGGUCGAAUAAGUUGUUCUUGCCCAGUAAGGAGGAAAUGAACUUAUGGGAGCAGGAGCGGGAGAAAGAACACGGCAAUGGCACGUCGUUCCACAUAUUUGGUUACCCGCAUGAUGCAGAAUACAUAAAUGGUUUACAUGACUGGGUAAAAGGUUCCGAAGACGGAUUCAGUAAGGAACCAGCAUAUUGCGACGAGAAGACGUUGUGGAUAAGAAAGGUGUAUGGAGACAUAAGAAAGAAAUUUAUCGAAGAUGGCGAAAAAGCAAAGACAAUGGAAGAGCUGGGUUAUGAUUUUGAGAAACGUGAUGUGUAG